AUUAUCAUGUGAGAGGAGCUUCAGUCAAAUGACUCUCCCAAAAGUCUAAAAAAAAAUCAUAGAAAAUAUCAACACAUUGAACUUUCAACAUCUAUCACCAGCGUAAACAAUGAACCUUGUUAAUUCUCCCAUUCAUCUUCGUACAAAAAUAUCAUUGCUUUCCUUAAACCCCAAACCCAAAACUAUUAACAAAGACACCCAUAAGUCUCGUAUGAAUUACAAUAUGAUACCAAAACGAGUUAACUCGGACGCGCCAAACAAACUCAGUACCACCACCGAGUUUCUCCUACCUGAUGACUCGGUGGAACCCGCAAAAACCAAACCAUGUUUAUGUGGAAGAAGACACUUCAUAGAAGCUGCUGCAACUGCAACACUUACAUCAUUCCCAAUUCAGCCUGCCACAGCCACAAAUUCAGAUUCUGAUUACACAGCUUUGGUGAACAAGUAUCGCCCACCUAAACCUGAUUGGUAUCAGAAGUUCUAUGCUUGGGUUUUGAGUUCAUUUACUAAAUCUUAUGAAGCUGAGGUUGCUCGGUACAAGUCACAAAUCUUCAGUAACUUGAAGGAGAAGAAAGCUAACAAAAUCUUGGAACUUGGCAUUGGAACUGGUCCUAAUCUAAGUUAUUAUGCUAGUGAUUCUGAUGUGCAUGUUGUUGGCAUUGAUCCUAAUCCGGAGAUGGAGAAAUAUGCUCGGUCAGCUGCUACAUCAGCUGGACUUCCACUCUCAAAUUUUGAGUUUUUACAUGCUGUUGGGGAGGUUAUACCAUUAAGUGAUGCUUCAGUCGAUGCAGUUGUUGGAACACUUGUAUUAUGUUCUGUUAAAGAUGUUGAUAUGACACUGAAAGAAGUAAGGAGGGUCCUGAAACCUGGUGGAGUGUAUGUGUUUGUGGAACAUGUAGCUGCGAAAGAUGGAACAUUUCUCAGAUUCCUACAAAGAGUUCUUGAUCCUCUACAACAGACAGUGGCGGAUGGAUGUCAUCUUUCUAGGGAAACAGGAGAAAAUAUAUCAAAAGCUGGAUUUUCAAGUGUUGAGCUUGACAUAGCAUUCUUAUCAAAUGCUACAUUUGUAAAUCCCCAUGUAUAUGGAAUAGCUUACCAGUAGGAUCAAAAGCAUGUAUUUGAUCCUCUUAGCAUGCCGGUUCAGGUUGCUUGGAAAGGAUUAUGGCCAUUUUGAGGUACUUUCAUAGGGAAUGUUAGUAACAGGUGACUUCAUGUUAGGGGUUAUGCAUGUAAAUGUUCAAGUGUAAAGUAGAAAUAAAAAAUAAAAAAUAAAAAAAGCAAAUAAACAAAAUUUUAUUGUAUUAUCUGCUUGAACUUAUUGUUUGUGACUCACUAUAUUAACCCGUAAAAUUAGUUUCAAAUAUUCA